GCUGUGAUAUUUGAUACCAUGUCGGCCACCGUAGAAGAGGCUAAACAUCCAUGAUUACGUUGGGAGUGCCCGGUGGUUUUCUACAUCAUUUGUAGCUAGAAAGAUUGAUAAUCAUCAAUUCCGACGACUUUGAUAGAGGCAUCCUAUCCCAAUAGAGGAAGAUGAGGCUGAAAGAGAUCCAGAGGACAGCUCAUCCAGCAUGGAGUCCUGCCCCCCACCACCCUAUCUGCCUGGCUUUAGGCACGUCAGCUCAGCAGCUGGAUGCGUCGUUCAACACCACUGCCGCCUUGGAAAUAUUCCAGGUGGAUUUUGCCGAUCCUUCCCUGGACAUGAAACUCAAGGGGUCCCUACCUACUUCUAACAGGCUGCAUAGUCUGGUGUGGGUAAACUUUGGAGCAGGAGAAGACGGUUUGGGAGGGAGACUGAUUGGAGGCAGUGAUAAUGGCACGGUAACGGUGUAUAGCCCAGAAGCCAUCGUAACAUCAGGGGAAGAGGCAAUUAUAGGACAGUCUGACAAACACACUGGGCCUGUCAGAGCACUAGACUUCAACCCCUUUCAGAGUAAUCUGUUGGCGUCAGGGGCAAACGAUUCAGAGAUCUACAUCUGGGAUCUGAACAAUUUCAGCAAUCCAAUGACACCCGGGACAAAGUCACAGCCUCCUGAAGAUAUCAGUGUAGUGUCGUGGAACAGACAGGUCCAACACAUCCUGGCCUCUGCAAACCCCAGUGGGAAAGCAGUGGUCUGGGACCUGAGGAAGAACGAGCCCAUCAUCAAGAUUAGUGACCACAGCAACCGGAUGCACUGUUCAGGGAUGCUCUGGCACCCUGAGGUGGCCACACAGUUGGUCCUGGCCUCAGAAGAUGACCGCAUGCCAGUCAUUCAGAUGUGGGACCUGCGCUUUGCCACGUCCCCUCUCAAAGUCCUGGAGAACCACACAAGGGGACUUCUGUCCAUAGCGUGGAGCCAAGCAGACCCAGAGCUGUUGCUCAGUAGUGCUAAAGACAACAGGAUCCUCUGCUGGAACCCAAACACUGGAGAGGUGAUCUAUGAAUUACCAACCACCAACCAGUGGUGCUUUGACAUCCAGUGGUGUCCCAGGAACCCAGCUCUGCUGUCGGCGGCCUCGUUUGACGGGUGGAUCAGUGUUUACAGCGUGAUGGGAGGAAGCCUGGAGGCCCAGCAGCAGAGCAGGGCUGAUCAGAUCUCCUCGUCCUUUGACACCAUGGAUCCAUUUGGGACAGGCCAGGUGCUGCCCCCUCUGCAAGUUCCCCAAGCCACCCCUCAGACCACCCUGGUCGCUCCGCUGAAGAAGCCCCCCAAGUGGGUUCGUAGGCCCGUAGGAGCCUCAUUCGCUUUUGGUGGGAAGCUGAUCACCUUUGAGAGUCCUAAGGCUCCAGUCCAGAGCCCACAGCCCGUCCCUGUCCCCAGGCAGGUGUUUGUGAGCCAAGUCACCACGGAAACAGAGCUCCUCCAACGUUCCAGGGAGCUGCAGGCUGCUCUGCAAUCUGGAUCCUUGUCAGACUACUGCCAGGCCAAGAUCCACAAGGCCCCCACAGACUCUGAACAGGACAUAUGGAAAUUUCUCCUGGUCAACUUUGAAGAUGAAGCCCGGGUCAAAUUCCUGAGACUUUUGGGUUUCAGCAAAGUGGAUUUAGAGAGAAAGAUAUCCACCUGCUUGGGGAAGAACCUGCAGCCUAACGGACAUGGAGUGGAUGCCAACGAUCUGGCUGAGAAGAUACAGCUCCUCUCUACUCAGAGGUCAGAAGAAUCUGGGGAUGCGGUCGACUCCACCAAGACUCCGGGUUCAUCCUCCCCAUCUGACUUUUUCAGUCAGAUCCCACCACAACCACAGGACAAGGAGAAGAUCAGCUUCCAAAUCCCUGUCUCAGCAGAUGCAGAUGGUCUGAUCAGCCAGGCUCUGCUGGUGGGAAACUUUGAGGGAGCGGUGGAUCUGUGUCUGAGCGACGGGCGAUACGCUGAGGCCAUCCUGCUGGCUAUCAGUGGAGGACAGGAGCUACUGCAGAAGACCCAGCAGACAUACCUGGACAAGCAGAGGAACAGCAUCUCUAUGCUGAUCUCAUCCGUGGUGACCCAGAACUGGGGAGACAUGGUGCAGAGCUGUGACUUGGAUAACUGGAAGGAGGCCCUCGCUGCUCUUCUGACCUACGCUCAUCCCAAACAGUUUGCUCAUCUGUGUGGUAAGAACACCAGGAUGUUGAGGAUUGUAACAAAGGAAUCAGUAAACCCUGACUUGCUUUUACCUUGA